AACCUACCGCCCCCAUUCUAACGAAUCCCAAGUUCCCAACUAACAUUCCUCCCCCAUUCCACUCCUACUUUGUGGAUCGUGACAGCAUCAUAAGAAGGCUGGCCGGGAGGAGGGCCAUCACGGCCGCACCAUAACCACCAUAGCGCUUCUUACCGAGCCACACAACUUCCGCUCCUAUAGCCUCGUAGCCAACGCCCGAACGCUCACCGUGGAUAGGAUGCGGCGGCCGGCCAGGGGAAGGGCAAUGGGGGCGGCGCUCGUGCUGGCGGUCCUGGCCGUCGCGGCGGCCACGGCCGGGGCUGUUGACGGAGAUGUCAAGUGCGCUGAGUGCGGCACGGGCACGGUGCCGGUGCUGCCGCCGCCGCCGCCGUACUACUACUACAGCCCUCCACCUCCGGCGUCCUACUCCGGUGUGUCCAACUGCCCGCCACCGCCAGGGGGAUACAUCCAGAUCGGCGGCUCGGGGCCGGGAAAAGGGCGCAUGUACCCGCAGGACCCCGGGUUCAUGCCGUCCAGCGCGCCGCCCAGGCAUGGGAGCAGCGCCGUCCACAUCACGGUAUGUUCGUUUGCGGCGUUGGCGGUUCUACGGGCCUUUUGGUGAUCGGUCUGCAGCAGUUGCGCGGCCAUCGUCUCCGUUACGUGUCGCGACGGAAGGACGGAGACGUGCCGGCGUUCCAUGGAUCUCCUGUGUAUGCAUUCACCUUGUAAUAAUUCUUACUGGUCAUAUGUUUUGUAGUUCUUGCAAUGCAUCAAGCUUCUUCUUUUUUUGUUUCUCUCAUUUUUGUUGUUACAGAACUUUUACUUGUAACAAAUUAGUUGCAAAUCAAUGGAACUAGCAGGUCAUGGUGUGUA